UCCUAUUCACAUAUUCGCUAGUCAACAACCCUUUUAGCACUCUUCAAAAUGCCGUCCACUUGGGUGUAAUAAUGAUAAGCGACCAAAAACAACAAUGUGAAUGUGAAGAGGAUGAAAUGAUCCCAAUUGUCUAUCUAACCAUUAAGUCCACACCCUUUAAUCAUUCCCACUUUUCCUUCGUCACCUCGUAGUAGAGAUAUCAUCCCAUUGCAUUUGGAAGCUUCAUCCAUGGCUAAGACAAUAACCAAAUUGGAUGGCUUUGCUUGUCGUUUUUUCCCCAUUGUCAUCAUCUUCUUCUCCUAGUCCCCCAUUUGCCUAUCUUUCUUACAUCACCAUCAAAACACCUUUCCUCAUAACAACAUAAAGAGUUUAGAAGUUCCAACUAUUCAAGGAAAUUCUAAAAUCAGGAAUGGUAAGGGCAAACGAAAUUCGAAUUAGUUAAACGAAGAUAAUGGAUACUGCCGGUACUAAUCCAAGACCCUGUCAUCCCUAAUCAUUCAAACAUGUAGGUCACCUACAAAUCAAUGGAGAGGAAAGAGAAUUCAUGUUGUGGUUUUGGUUUGAAAGUUGUGGGGGGACAAGGGGAAAUUGAAGGGCGGUACCAUUGGUAGAUCUCUCGUGCAAUUUCUGUCACCUCAUUCAAUUUUGCCAUCAAUGCAUGGCAAGGGAAGGUAAAGGAUGGUAGAUAUGCUCCCAUUAAAUGCCCUAUGAAUUCAAGCAAGCAAGCGCCAUAGAGUGUUUGAUUUUCUGACAUUCCAAAGGGCUAACAAGGGACCAAGUCACCUAGCCACAAACAAUGAAAAACAAAUGAUUUAAGUUGUAAAUUAUACAAGAAAAACUUCCAGAAUUUUCACGGCUGAAAUAUGUUUACCGAAACUCAUACUAACGAUGAUUCAUAUUAUGAAUAUUCGAUAAAUAUGUUUACACGAUUGAAGAGAGAUAUGUACCUUACCCCCAACUAGUUUGUGGGCAUUUGGUGAUAGAGUUUAUGCUAACUUUGACCACCAUGAACUUUCAUAGCCUUCUCAAAGCGUCCCGAAACUUAAUGAUUUCCCCCCAAUAUCGGUACUUUGGUCAAAGUUAGAAUGUAAUGAAUCGCGCCCUAAGAUGUAGAGGAUUUAACUGGAACACGCAUCUAUGAUCUAACAACAUAUUCUAUCCAACUCCCAUGAACAUACAAGCAAUGCCCAACUUCGAAGAAAAUACGAAAUGUAGGUAUUCGUUUGAGAAGCAAUCAUGAUUCAGGGGACUAAAACUAAAAAAAAACAUCAACAUUAAUCCUUAUACUAAUACUCCCCCCUGAUAAAUGUGUUUCUGCCUAUGAAAAUGUGUGUUGCUGUGUGCAAUUAAUUCUUUUCCAUUUUCCCGCUACACUUUGCUCAAAAAUCAACACACCUCGAUUUCGCACAUCUCCACUUACUUUCCUCCCUCUUGAAUCCAUUCAAAUUUCUCGAUCAACAAAUCUGGAGCUGAGCUUGCAAACAAUUAACAAAUAUAGCCAGGCUAAAAAUUUCUCUAACUUUUUUUUUUUUCUUUUUUCAUUUUUGGUCACUCUCAACGUCUCCCUCUCCUUUGCAACAAAUACAAUACACAAGUAUUUUGCUGUUGGAGCCUCACUGUUAUCAACUACUCAAUCAUUCAUGAUGUUGUGACCCAACUAAUCAGUGGACCUGACCUGACCAAGCUUAGCCAGCCCAGCCAAGAAGAAGGAAAUGCCCCCUUCCCUUCCUUUUACCCCACUCUUUUUGGUUCCAGUGGUACACCACCAACCAAAGGUAAAAAGAGAAAAAGGUAAAAAUAUUAAACCCAAUUAUCACGGAAUGAUUAUAAUUGAUUAAUCAGACUAAGUAUCAUUACCUACUCGCAUGUUACGUUUAGGUGGAAAAAGUAACGAACCAUCAUGCUUCCCGAUGCAGUGAGCCAGUCCCAUGGGCACACAGUAAAGAGUGUGUAAUAAGACCACCAUCUGGAGCUCUGAGACUGAGAGACCAAUUUUGAGUCGGAGCACUGAGAAAACAAGGAGUCAAAAGGUGCCAAACAAAUCAUAAGGAAGAACUAAUCCAAAAGAAUUCCCCCAUAAUUUGCGCCCAAAAGCAGAAUCAAAACGUACUGUAUUGCAAUUAGGAAAUGGGCAAUUGGCAGCCAACCCAUCUCGUUUCCUUUUAUGCACUCACAAGGAAAGGAAAAACAACAGAAACUUUGCACAAAACAGAGAGCGUAUUAAAAGCCUUCCCUUCCCUUUCCUUUCCCUUAUUAGUUAUUCCAUACCCACAGAGAGAGAGCUGAGUUUGAGAUUCUCUUCUGGAUUCAGAGAAGGAGAGAAGAGAGAGCAAAAGGGAAACAAAUUUUCGCAAGAGUGGAAUGGAAAUGAUGGCAAUUUACCUCCCUUUUUGAAUGCCGAUCGAUCUAGAGAGAGAAAGCGAGAUAACCAGCUUUCAGUUUCAGCCUUCCUUCCACUCUUGUCCUCAUUUGAGCUGGCCUUCUCACUAAUUAUUAGCUUGGAUUCUCUCCUCCAAAAAGCCUCUUCCUUCCUUCCUUCCUUCCUUACUCCCCCUUUUCUUUUUCACUUCUUCAUCCCUCUCUUUCUUCCUUGUAUGCAUCUGGUAGCUUACUAGUUACUAGUUCCACCACUACCCAGAAUCCAGAAGCAAGCUUCUCUGGUCCAACAAUGGCUGACAAAGAAAAACCCACCACCUCCAAGGGCCAAGCAUGGUUCUGCACCAGUGGGCUGCCCAGCGACAUUGCAGUCGAGGUUGAUGAUAUGAGCUUUCAUCUCCACAAGUUCCCUUUGAUGUCGAAAAGUCGAAAGCUGCAUCAGCUGAUAACAGAGCAAGAGACAAACCCUACCUCUGCCUCUGCCGCUGCCGCCGCUACCCUCCAAACCUCCUCCACGGACGAGGACGGCGCCGGAGAAGGAGACGAAAUCGAGGAAGUCGAAUGCCAGAUUUCGCUCCCGGAUUUCCCGGGCGGCACCGAGACCUUCGAAAUGGCCGCCAAGUUCUGCUACGGGGUCAAGGUCGACCUCUCUGCCUCCACCGUCGCGCCGCUCCGCUGCGCCGCCGAGGUCCUGGAGAUGACGGAGGACUACUCCGAGGCCAAUUUGAUAGCCAAGACGGAGAAAUUCCUCUCCCAGAACGUCCUCAAGAGCCUCAAGGAAUCGAUUAAAGCCCUCAAGUCUUGCGAGCGGGUGAUGCCGCUCGCCGAAACCCUAGGCAUCCCGCAGCGCUGCAUUGAAUCCUUGGCCUCCAGAGCUUCCACCGCCGAUCCCGCCCUGUUCGGCUGGCCGGUCGUCGCCACCGACGGCGGUGACAGUAGCAAGAGAGAUUCCUCUAAUCAAGCCUUGUGGAACGGAAUCGAAUCCGCUGUCCGCCGCAAAGGCCGAUCCUCUUCCUCCGCGGCGGCCGCCGGUUAUAACAUGGACUCGUGGCUGGAAGAUCUCUCGCAUCUCACUUUGCCGUUGUUCAAUCGGUUGAUUUCGGCGAUGAAGGAGCGAGAUCUGAGCCCGGAGAUCAUCGAGAGCUGUCUAAUUCACUACGCCAGAAAGCACAUUCCGGGGAUCACGAGGCAGAGCAGGAAACAUCCGCCAGCCGCGGCGGCGACUACAACGAUCGCCUCAGAAGGCGAGCAGAGAGAAGCGCUGGAAACAAUCGCUUCCAAUCUACCUCUUCAAAAAAACUCCAGAUCCUCGACGGCUACUCGAUUCCUAAUCGGCUUGCUGCGAACCGCCAACAUCUUGAACGCGUCGCAGUCGUGCCGCUCCGCCCUGGAGAAGAAGAUCGGCUCGCAGCUCGAGCAGGCCACGCUCGACGAUCUCCUGAUCCCAAGCUAUUCGUACCUCAACGAGACUCUCUACGACGUCGACUGCGUCGAGAGGAUCUUAUCCUACUUUCUGGACGGAAUCGAAGAGGAAGGAGAUGGUAUAAUAACCGCCGACGACGACGAUCUUGCACACAGCUCCAGAGCGCCGACGUUGAUGCUUGUCGGGAAGCUCAUCGACGGUUACCUCGCAGAGAUCGCCUCCGAUUCCAAUCUAAAGCCCGACCGAUUCUACAAGCUCGCCGUCUCGCUGCCGGACCAGGCCAGACUCUUCGACGACGGCCUCUACAGAGCCGUCGACGUUUAUCUCAAGUCGCAUCCAUGGAUAUCGGAGACGGAGAGGGAGAAGAUCUGCGGGGUGAUGGACUGCCAGAAGCUGACCCUGGAGGCGUGCACGCACGCGGCGCAGAACGAGCGGCUGCCGCUCCGCGCGGUGGUUCAGGUCCUGUUCUUUGAGCAGCUGCAGCUCCGGCACGCGAUCGCGGGGACGCUGAUGGCGGCGGGCGGGGAGCCGGGGAGGCCGUCGGUACAGCGGCGGGAUGAGGUGGAAGAGGAGGAGGAGGAAGGCGAAAUGGGAGCGGCGUUGGGAAACGGAAGGAGGGAGGAGAAGGGUAGGAACACGUGGAGGGAAGCGGCGAGGGAGAAUCAGGUGCUGCGGCUGGACAUGGAUAGCAUGAGGACGCGGGUGCAUCAGCUGGAGAGGGAAUGCUCGAGCAUGAAGAAGGUGAUCGAGAAGAUCGGCAAGGAUGAUGAUUCUGUGGAAGGGGAGAAGAAUGGACGGUCAGGAUGGAGAGGAGGGUCGUCGUUGACCAAGAAGUUCGGGUGCAAGUUCAAGACGCAGGUGUGUGAUUCUCACGAGCAAGCGGUCGCGGGAAGGACGACGAGGAGAGGGAGGCAGCAACACCAUCACCAAGAGUAGACCCUGCCGCAGAGGAUUGAAGAACGGGGUUUUCCGUUUUUUCGUUUCCACGGCCAUUUCCGUUCCGGUCUUCGUCGUUUCGGGGUCUGUGAGUUGACCAGAAACGCCGUUUGUUUAGGGUUGUUUUUCUUUUUUUGUGUGUGUGUAUUUUUUUGAGGAGGUUUGGGUGGAUGGAUGAAUUGUUUUGUAAGAUAGUGCCACGUCGACAUGCCACUUCUGCUGCCCAGAGAAAAAGCUGAGAAAAAGGAAAAUAAAUUUGUUUAUUGAUUUUUUAUUAUUAUUUACUUUUAUCCUGCUAUUAAAAAAGGAAAAGCCGAAGAUUCGGUAAAAUGGACAAACAACACACGCCUUUUGGAGGAGUGGGGAAAUGAGCAAAGAAUUAGAAUUAGAAAACCUACAUAUAACAGGUCUCAAGUUGUCAAAAAAGUGUUUCUUUCUCGGAUAAACUAAACUAAUCUUCGAGUUUUUUCAUUCAGUUUAUACAUAACGCAAGGAUGGUGUAUGUGAAUUUAGAGAGAAUAGGGUUUAGAGACGGAUACCAUAUGAAGAGGAGAUAUGGUUUGGCGGACUCGAGACUUCUUAUAUAAGAGUAUGGACUUUUUUUAGAGUUGGUUUAGACACACGGAGAAAUGUCUUACGGUGAUUCGGAUCUAUUGCUAACGCAGUUGUUUGUCCCGCAUUAGGCAAAUUUAUAUCAUAUUCCAACCGUUUUCAAUAUAACUAAACACUUGCCGGUUGCCAUUAUUUGUAAAAUUUCGUGCGUGACCAAAAUCAACAAGAUUUGGAGUUUUAGUGUGCUCACACCAUCAAAUCCUAUCCUGAAACAUUUUCCUGGGCAUCUCAAGUACCUCGAUCCAGAAAUUAGAAUCUUGAUAUCGUACUGUAGAAAUGAUAUCAUUAUCAAACAACUACACUUUUUUUUUUAGACAGAAUUAAUCCAGAGAUAAAAAGGCAAGGAACGAGACAAAAUACAAGUGACAAACUGUAGAGUUCGCUUUGUUCAGCGCCAGGAAAGUUAGUGCACAGCACAUCCCAUUUGGUGCAGUUUAGGGUUCCAUGUCGUUCGGACUCUUGCUGUUUGGAUUUGGAUUUGCGCUGAAAAUUUUAUUUGGGGCCCUAACGCUGGUGAAGGUGGGAUUGCGUUGCAAGCUGAUCCAAAUGCUCUCUUCCUCUCUUGUGUGUGUUUAAGAGGAUAAAGAAGGAAAGCGUAGGAGGGGUUUUGGGGGCAGCGUCACGUGGCAACUAGGGUUACUGAGUUUUUGUCGUCUCCAUUUGUUCCCAUAUUUGGUUCGGACCUUCAGAGAGAGAGAGAUUAUUCAGAAAGAAAUGGUUGUUUUUUUGGAAGGUAAUGUGCCAUUUUCGUGGCGGCUGAUUGGCUUCAUCUGCUGGGGAUCUGCUAAUAAGUGAGUUGUGACACUUACGUAUCGACCAGGAGAGUAGCUGAUGGGAAAUGGCCAAUGGGUGUUUUGUUUUGUUUCUCUUCUUUGCCAAAUUUACUUCAAUAAUAAUAAUAAUAUUGUGUC